AUGAUACUCAAGCGUGACUGGGCACCAUUGAACAUAAUAGGAAUCUUCACGCUGAGUGUUGUUACGCUUCAGAAACGUGUGACAAAUUACUCAGGUGUGAAGAUUGUAACUGGAGUAAAGUAUAUUAUCGAAGUAGACAUCGGUCGCACUGAAUGUAGAAAACCAACAGCUAAUCCUGAAGACUGUGCUUUUCAUACAGAUCCCUACGUUUCUAAGAAAGAUGGCACCCGCAUUCCAGUUCGUGCAUGUUUGUGGUUUAUGACCAAUCCUCAGCUGAUUCCUUCAGUCAUGGCGAAGCUUCUCUAUUUGGCUGUGGCGUCCGUGCUUUUAGCAGUAUGUUUUGGGUCGAGGCUUCUCGGUGCUCCAAGGCAGCUGAGUGAAGAUGAUAAGAAUGUAAAGGACGCGCUGGUGUUCGCCAUGUAUAAUUUUAACAAGGCCAGCAAUGACAUGUUCGCCAGCCGCCCAGUGAAGGUGCUCAAUGCCACCGUGCAGCUGGUGAGUGGACUUAAAUAUGACAUGUUUGUGGAAGUUGGCCGAACAGCAUGCAGAAAACCCACUGCGGAUGUUAAUGCGUGUGCAUUCCAUGUAGAACCCUCUCUUGCAAAGACUAAAAUCUGCCACUUCAUAGUGUUGAAUCGCAGCUGGGCAUCCGAAAUAAACUUGGAGAAAUCAGAAUGUGAAUAAAUCUGGCUUCUUCCAUGAUACU